AAUUCAUUUUUGUUUAAAAUAUCUGAUUUUGGGAAACCGAUUUUAAUUGACCCUAAAACCCUAGAGUUAGAAUAUCCAUUAUUGGUUGUCAACAACCUGGAUGACCCGCAUGGUGAUGGUUUAAUUUGUUGCCCAAUUGAAUUAGUUUAAAAGAAUUUUUUGUACAUAUGUAUAUAUAGUUAGGGAAAUCAAGCUCAGAGACUGAACAGCGAGCAGAGCGAGCACAAGUGGAGGAAACAAUGAAAAUAAUAGUUAUUGACAACAAUAUUAGCGUCAAUUCUCAAAAUUCUGAGAGUGUUGGAGAUUUGACAGUGGAUCAAGCGGAAGCAGUUGUUAUUUUGCAACCAUUAUUUGAUAUCAAGUCGAUUAUUUUAAAGUCUGACGAGGAGAAAGGUACAACAAAAGGCAAGCAAUUGUUAGAAGAAAUUGGAGAAACUAAUGUCAUCAAUUACCGCAUUAAGAACGUAAUUAAACGCCGCAUUGCUAAUUAUCUUGUCAAGCAGUACAGCUAUUAUCCAUCCAAGCACGAGAAACAAAACCUCGCAGAAUGUGUGGCAUCUCAGUUAUUUCAAAAUUUAUCAAAUCAGCAACAAAAAGAUAUUAUGAAUUUAUUUUAUAGUCCGUCGACAGUCAUCAUAUCAAAUUCGACAGGAUCAAGUGUCCGAAAAAGAAUUCCAGCAUCAGGACUAAUUGAAGAAAGGUUAAGGCAUUUACGGAAGAAGUACAGCGUUGGAUUGUCAAUAAAUGUCGUCAGCAGUAGCACUGAAUCAUACGCUCCGUCAGAAGACGACGAAGGGAAAAAAUCUUGGCUGGCUUACUCAUCUAGUCCCCAGAGUCAGGUUUUAGAAUAUAUGGCGCAAACCUACCCUAUGAGGACGGCAGAGAUUCGGAAUACAAAGGAUAUUUCGGUAACCCUUUCGCAGUGGCCUCGUUUACUAGAAACUGUUGGAAUGGUAUAA